AUGUUCUGCCACAAUGAUGUUCAGGAAGGAAACAUUCUGCUAUUGUCGGCUCGUUCUACCCACCCGACAGAUAAGCUCAUGCUCAUUGACUUUGAAUACAGCAGCUACAAUUAUAGAGGAUUUGACAUUGGGAAUCACUUUUGUGAAUGGGUGUACAAUUAUCAACAUGAUGAGUGGCCAUUUUACAAAGCAGAACUAAGCAACUAUCCAAACCGACAGCAGCAGCUCCACUUUUUCCACUCGUACCUAUUGGAAAAUAGUCCAGAGCUCAAGGAGGAGGAUCGGCAUAUUCAGGCGGAGGCAAUGGUUAUUGAAGUGAACCGGUAAGAAAA